CGGCCGGAGAGUCGCUGUCGCUGUAAGAGGGAUCCACGGAAGGGUGAUGGGGGUUAAGAGGCUGCACCUGCGCGAUGGGACACCAGUUCCGCCAGACGCUACUUACAUAAUCUUGCAUGUUGCGGGUUGAGCUGCGAACUUCACGACGUCGACGACAUCACCACCCCGAGUCGCCUUUACCUGCUACAUCGCGUAGCCUCACCACUCCCUCACUGCACACUAUGGCUAUGCGGCUAGCUGUAGGCCGGCCAUUGGGCGCCGCCGUCCGCGCAUCCACCUGCUCCCGCCAUGCAGUGCGCACCUUUGCCUCGUCGGCUCUGCGGGCGAAGGAGGUCGCGGGACCCGAGUCCGACACGCCAAACAUGAGGUUUGCUCCCCGUGACGAGGCCGUCAAGCUCAAGCGCGCCAUCGUAAACCCGGCAGACCAGUACAAAGAGAAGGGCGAGUCUCUGCACAAGUACGGCCAGUACAUCAUGUCAUGUCUGCCCAAAUACGUCCAGCAGUUCUCCGUGUGGAAAGACGAGUUGACCAUCUACGUCCCUCCUGCCGGCAUCAUCCCCACCUUCACCUUCCUGAAGUACCACACCGCGGCUGAGUACACACAAAUUUCCGACAUCACAGCCGUCGACUACCCCACCAAGGACCAGCGCUUCGAGGUCGUCUACAACAUGCUCAGCAUCCGCCACAACUCGCGCCUCAGAGUCAAGACAUACGCGGACGAGGCUACCCCAGUCCCCAGUCUGUGCGAUCUCUACGACGGCGCCAACUGGUACGAGCGCGAGGUCUACGAUCUGUUUGGUGUCUUCUUCGUUGGACACCCAGACUUGAGGCGCAUCAUGACCGACUACGGUUUUGAUGGACACCCACUGCGAAAGGACUUCCCCAUGACUGGAUACACUGAGAUCCGAUACGACGAGGAGAAGAAGAGGAUCGUCGUGGAACCCCUGGAGAUGACACAGGCUUUCAGGAACUUCCGUGGUGGCUCCUCAGCAUGGGAGCAGGUCGGUCCUGGUGACGACCUCAAGCCCGAGAACUUCAAACUCCCAACACCAAAGCCAGAGCCUCCCAAAGAGGAAGAGAAGAAAUAGAAAGUUUAGAGGAUGUGGAUUGUAUAUACCUGCGAAUGAAUGUACUUGUACAACAUCCAACAUUCCACCACAUGCUAAACAUCAUCCCUCUUGCUCUGUGUUCUCAGUGCAUAUGUGUUGGCUCCGUGGUCCAGAUGUAGUGGGCUCGACGGCUAAUAUAGAAGGUCCGAUAGAACAUUUAGCAAAGACAUCCUGUAAUACACCGAGGCUCG